AAAACCAAUAAGAUCGGCUAUGCAAAAUUGGAUCUGAAUCCUUCUUUGUUCUGACGGAGGAGGAAGAGACGAAACAUAGUUACUGUACUUCCUUAGAACCUGGAAGGUAAAACCGAUCAGCCGGAAUUGUAAUUGGAAUCAGUGAUUGCUGAGUGGUUAUGGAAGGAGUAGGAGGUCGGUUAGGGAGGUCCUCGACUCGUUACGGAGGACCGGCGACGGUUUUCACGGGUCCGGUGAGGAAGUGGAAGAAGAAGUGGGUUCACGUCUCUCCCUCCACCAAGAAGCUCAAUCACUCCUCCUCAUCCGCAGCUUCCGACGCCGCUAACGGAUCGCAUUUGCUGUUCUUCAAGUGGGCGCCAUUGUCUCAGAGCGGGAACGGGAACGAAGAUGGUAAAAGCGAGAGUCCUUCUCCGAGCGAAGACACUCUGGCAACGGUAGCAGCAGAAGAUCCUCCGCGGCGGCGCAGAUUCAAAUACGUGCCGAUUGCAGUACUUGAGGAGCAGAAGAAUGAAGUUACAGAAAUUGAGGAAGAUGAUCAGGUUGAGGAAGAGGAGCAGAAGAAAGAAAUUGAGCAAGAAGCAAGUGCAGCAGAGCUAAGUGACAAGAGAGCACAAGUUGAGGAAAAACCAGACAUGAAUGAUGUUCCUAUGGAAGAUAAUCAGCAGGAGGAAGAAAAAACAGUGCGGCAAGAUCUGAACGAAAGAACUAAGGAUUCAGGACUCAACUUGAAUGCAAACGAUGUAGAUUCUGAGAACAAUCCGAGCCAAUAGAAGAGAGAUAAAAUGACGACCAGACUCAUUCAUUCGGUACUAAACAUUCGAUUCAUAGAAGAUUCUUGUUUUUCUCUGAA